CUGGUAGAGCCACUGCCGGAAGUGACUGAAGGCAAAUCGGCGUUCGCCGAGCCUGGGAGGGUUUAGGGUGGCUGUGCUAGUUGUUGCUGUAGGCUUGCAAGAUGCCGGGUCUGGCGGCCGCAAGCCCUGCCCCGGCUGAGUCACAGGAGAAGAAGCCUCUGAAGCCCUGCUGCGCCUGUCCGGAGACCAAGAAGGCGCGCGAUGCUUGCAUCAUUGAGAAAGGAGAAGAGCACUGUGGACACCUAAUUGAGGCCCACAAGGAAUGCAUGAGAGCCCUAGGAUUUAAGAUAUGAAAUGGUGGUUUACUCUGUGAAUGAAUAAUUCCUGAAGAAUGAAGAAGAUUCAGUAAUUUUGGGAAUUUGUGGAACUUUGAUAAAUGGAAAAAGUAUUUAUAACUUAUUUUUAGAAAAAGGAAAUUAUCUCUGGUCAGAAAUCUUCAAGUGUGUCUCUUUUUGUGUUCCUCACGUCCUCACAUGGCAUUUAUUUUUCUUAAAGGAUAUAGUAUAAAAAAACAUCCUGUAAUAUUAAUUUCUUAUGUUCUUGUGUCAUUCUGGGAACUCUAGAUUUUAGUUGUAACGAGAAAGCAGAUCCUGAUCUCAUUCAGUGAAACCUCCAAAAUGAGGUGCAUAGAAGUAAGGAAAUAACCCUUUACCAAUUCAGAAUGAGUACGGUACCCACAUCAUCUCAUUCAACAUUUUGUUUUUUAUUUUUAACUUACUUAAAGGCAAGAACUGGACAAGCCUUCAAUCUUAAUAUUUUAGAUCAUUAUUAUUAUUCUUUACUAGUCAGUCUUUUGGGAAAGUUACUCGCUUAGAUUUUGGACCACAUUAGGAUUCCUUGGCUCAGAAGAUCUCAACUGUUUGGCAUAAUUAAUCUGUAGAUGUCUAGUUACAUUUUAAGAUAGACUAGGGGAUCAUAGUUUAAUGCCUACUGGCCAGACAGUUAUCUCUUAUUGAUUAAAAGCUCGCCCAGGUCAGAGGCUUGACUAGAACAAAUAAGUCAUCAGUGAAAUUAGCUCAGUGCUCUGCUAUAAUAAUGCCUGGGAUAGAACAUGGAGUUUGGUUUGCUUGCUAUAGCAAUCCUGUGGUUCUAGAAGCUGCUUAUGGGCUAAUGAAGAAAUUAGCCAUAUUCUGCCUAUUAGUAAGUUGAGUUUCAUAUUUCAACAACAAAAGAUACUAAAGAACAUAAGAGAAUAUGUAGUGUUCAUAUGUCAUUCUAUGAUGGGAAAAUUGCCUCUUUUAUAAAGGAGCUGAAUUAAGGUAUUCUUUAGGAUUCCUUCUAGUUAAUUAAGCAUGGCUUUGAAGUAUGACAGACUUAGGUUCAACAACUGGCUGUGUCAUCUCAAGCAGGUCACAACCUCUUUGGAUCUGUUUCUCUCAUCUGAAAG